UGCCGUCCCUCGGCUUUGAAUCUGGCAGUGCCAUGGCCUGGCAGCAGACGGCUCGGCGGCCCCGGUAGCCCGGCGGGCUCCCUCCCGCGGCAAGCUGCCCCUGAGUUGCCCCUGGGCUUCCACUCGGGACCAUGAGUGGCGGGAAGAAGAAGAGCGGCUUCAAGAUCACCAGCGUCACUUCUGACUACGAGCAGAAAGAGGCUUCGCCCGCAGCGGAGGCCAAGGGGCCCGCCAGCCCCCGCGUCUCCCGGGGGCUGCUUUCCGCCGAGGAAGCGGACGCCGGAGAAGACGAUGGCCACCGGGCCGACGGAGGAGGCGCUGGGCCCAGAAACGGGCCCUCGGCCCCCAGCUCCCCGGGGACGGCCCCGGUCAGCGUGGCCGGCUCUCGGUUCCGCGUGGUGAAACUGGACCAGGGCUCGGGCGAGCCGUACAAACGCGGGCGCUGGACUUGCCGGGAUUUCUACGAGCAGGAGGUGGACCCCCACUUGGCGGGGCGGUUGGCGGAUUCGGCGCGGCACCCGCAGUCCCUGGACUCCCGGCUGGAGGUGGCCGGCCUCCUGGCCAAGCCGCAGAGCCCCUACAGCCCCCAGCUGCACCGCCGAGGGGCGGGCCUGCAGUCCCAGCUGGUGCUGCCGGCCCCCGGCCCCUCGGGCCACCAGGCCCGCUCCCUGGGAGGUGGCUUACCUGUCCUCCUCCGCCCCGGCCGGACUCCCCCCAGCCCCGUGUCCCUCCGGAGCCCCCUGGCGGCGCUGGAAAUGCGGCCGCCGGCUGUUGGAGAUGGCCCCAAAGACCCCGGCGACCCCGUCCCGUCCAGCACCAUCCCGACCCUGUUGGUGGAGGAGCAUUUGCUGCCCAAGAGCGUCACGCAGCUGAUCCCGCGGGGGGCGGAGGAGCGGCGCAAGGCCUCGCCAAGAGAGUCCCGCUCGCGACCCUCCUCCCCGGCUCCCCCGCUUUUCCGAGAUGCGAGCCCCGGCCGGAGAACCUCAGACCCCUUUGGCUCAGCCCGCUUCAGCCUGGCACGGUCCAUGUUUGGCAUGGGGGUGGCCCACGACGGUGACGACGACAGCGGAACCAACAGCAGCAUGAUCGCCAUAGACAACAAGAUUGAACAGGCCAUGGACCUGGUCAAGAGCCACCUGAUGUUCGCCGUGCGGGAGGAGGUGGACCUGCUGAGGGAGCAGAUCAAGGAGCUGUCGGAGCGCAACGCCUUGCUGGAGCAGGAGAACGCGCUGCUGCGCUCCCUCGCCAACACGGAGCAGCUGUCCCGGUUCCAGGCCCAGCUCCUCGCUGCCCGGGCCCCCUCCAGCGGCACCGCGUGACCCCCGGCUGCCAGGAGGGGGCGAGACUGGCACAAAGGGAGGCGCGUCGGGCAGGGGGCGCGGACUGAUGGAUUCCCGCAGAUGUGAACGGGGUGGGCGGCUCGGCACCAGCACAGCUGGAGGGUGGGGG